GGAAUGUCAGAGAAAUAGAAAUAUCGAGAAAAAGAAAAUAUCGAGAAAAUGAUAAUAUUGGGAAAAUAGAAAUGUUGAGAAAAGAGAAUAUCAGAGAAAUAGAAUGUUGGGAAAAGAAAUGUUGGGAAAAAGAAAAUAUCAGAAAAAUGAAAAUAUCAGGGAAAAGGAAUGUCAUGGAAAUAGAAUAUCUGAAAAAUGUGAAUGUUGAAGAAAAAGAAUAUGUCAGAGAAAAAAUAUGUUAG